GAUAGUCAAUUCCUGCCGCCGUACACCGCCAUAUUGUUUGCGGUAGUUCCGUGCUAGUUGGUCGAUUUGUACGUGGUCUCGUGACUGUUUCUAUCGUUCAGUGAGUUCCCUCGGGAAACUUUGCAAACAUUUCGCGUAAAAGCAACAUGAAGAAGACCAAGGACGUGUCGGACGAAGACGAAUAUUCUGCAGACGAUCCAGAAGAAAUGGAGGGGGCCUCUGAAGAAGAGUGGACUCCUGAGCCAGGAGUCGAGAGUGGUACUAAAAAGAGGCCUCAGAGGGAAGCUGCCAAAAAGCGGCAACAUUCCGAAGAAGAAGAGGAUGAAGAAGAAGAAGAGGAUGAGGAAGAAGAUGACGAAGAGGACGACGAAUCUGAUUCUGACACAGGAAAGAAACCUAAAAAGAAAAGACGAUCCAAGAAAGAAGAAGAUGAAGACGAAGAGGAUUCUGAUGACAACAGCUUCAAUGAGUCAUCCGGAGAAACACCAAAAGACUUUACUUCUGGUGCAUUUGUUGUCGCAAAAGCAGACAUUGGCGGAAGCACGGAACCAACGUUAUGGAGGAUAGAUGGAAAAGCGUUAUUACAAAAGUUUUUACCUUUUAAAGAAGAAGGGAAGACAUUGUACAAAAGCACAUCGACUUAUUCAGGAUGGUCGGUGAAUAACAAAGAUAAAUACUUGGCAGCACAAGUAACUUUCAAAGUUCAAAGUAGAACAGAAACAAUUGUUGAACUUCAUCUUGAUCAGCAACAGCAAGAAGUUGUAAAAGAAGAAAAAGAAGACUAAAUAUAAGAUCAAAAUUGAUCUUAUUUGUUUAUAUACAUUUUAAGGUAUGCUAAGAAAGAAUACAUCUACAUUCACAUGUACACAAUAAACACUACACAAGCAUAUUACGAAUACACAUAGAUGCAGUUUACAAAAUGA